AUGCCUCUCACCGUCCCCAAGAUCACGGGCUCCGAGGCCGAUAGGGCUGAAUGGCUUAGCAAGCUCGUCGGCAAGAAGAUUGGCAAAGUUAAUAAUGCCACUACCUUUGCAGAAAAAAAUCUCCCUAGAGUCCAUCGGAUCUUGCGUCCUGACGAUGGUUACCGCUUGGAUUAUAGAUCGGAUAGGUUGAAUGUCUAUUUGGAUGAAGAAGAUGUUGUUCGGAAUGUUAGGUUCUUCUGA